GCCUCACGUUCCUACCCCAAUGACACAACACUACAAACCACCAAGGUUACCGGAUAUACGAGAGCGAAAUUUCCUGGCCAAAGCCAUAGGCAAUGAAAUGAAGGAAUUACCCCGUACCAUAACUUUCAGUUACCCAUGUUGGAACAUAAUUACUGGCGAUGCUAAUCUUUUUAAGGUUGAUUGUCGUGAAUUUGAUAGAAUGCUAAUAAUAUUCGGGGACGAAUACGUAUACUGGAUGUAUUAUGUAAGCAAGCCUCCGAAGAGAUGUAUGUUUUCAUUGAAAAUUGAAUUAAGGUCAAACGUGCCAAUUAAACAUUGUGACUCUUGCUUAGAUGAGGAGUACUUACGCGUUGACUAUCAAAUGCCUAUUCUCAAACAGCUAACUGUUACUUUGCCAAGUACCGGUCAAAUUGCCAACUUUGCCAAGAGCUACUUUUGGCACAUCACAGAUUUGCAUUUGGACACAUUUUACUCGACGCAAGGAGAUGUUAUGCACAGUUGCUGGCGCAUCGACGGUCAAUCGCCAAGCGCUUCCAUUCGUUCACCGGGUCGCUUUGGUGAUUACUUUUGCGACAGUCCUUGGAGUCUAAUUGAGUCGGCGGCGAAAGCAAUGAAAUCGCGGCAAGGUGACAAUGUCGAAUUCGUGCUAUGGACUGGUGAUGGCCUGUCGCACUCAGCGCUCAAAGAGUCAGAUACAAAAAGACUGGAGAUCCUGCGCAACAUCACUGAUUUACUUGGACGUACAUUUUCAUCUCAAUUCGUAUUCCCGGUGCUUGGUCAUGAGGACGGCACAACUAAUUUUCGACACAUGGGUGAACUGUGGCGGCAUUGGUUGCCUUCGGAGGCACUACAUACGUUCGAAAAAGGUGGCUACUACUCCAUCGAGCAGACAAAAAGUCGUCUUCGCAUAAUUGCGCUGAAUACAAAUUUCAUGCGCUACGAUCACAAAUCCCAGCCGAGCCAUCUGGCAGCAGUGCGACAGCGCACGCCAAAUGCUGCUAAUGGUAAUGGCGAUUCGGAAUAUAAGACCUAUUACUAUCACCAUGGUUCAAUACAUCAGCAUCACGGCCAUUCGUCCGGCGACUGGAUGUCGCAUGGUGGCAACUAUGGUGGCUAUGGUGUUGGCCAUCAUCGUGGCAUGAAUGCAAUACCGGCGUUAAGCGUUGGUGAUGGUGGCGGACGGGUCAGCGCACUAUCCGAGUAUGAGACUCAAGAUGCGGAAAAACAGUGGAUUUGGCUGGAGGAAGUGCUGGUUAAGUCAAAAAAUAACAAAGAAACGGUGUACAUUGUGGGUCACAUACCACCCGGCUCGGAUGAGCGCCACAUCGGUCUGCAGCAGAAUGGGCACACCACUUUCACCGAAACCAAUAAUAAACGUUAUUUAGAGUUGGUGCGCAAGUACUCGUCGAUAAUACAGGGCCAGUUUUUUGGGCAUUUACACUCGGACUCUUUCCGGAUCAUAUACGAUGACAAUGGCAAACCAGUUUCAUGGAUGAUGAUUUCGCCAUCUGUAACACCACGAAAACUGAAUGUUGGCUCAAAUAAUCCUGCAAUGCGGCUUUACAAAUUCGAUACGGAUUCUGGUCAGGUGCUGGACUACACGCAGUACUUUAUGGAUUUACAGUUAGCGAAUCAGGUGGGCGAGCCCAACUGGCUUCCGGAAUACAAUCUAACCCAUUACUAUGCGCUCAGUGAUAUCUCGGCCAUUUCCUUGCACAAUUUUGUAGAUCGUUUCACUAGCAGUGACGGCACCUGGUUUGGCAAAUACUCCCGUGCCAAUACCGUUCGUUACCAGGCAGAUCCCUGCGAGGGUGUCUGCAUGCUAAAUCAUUAUUGUGCGAUUACACGAGUGGACUAUAAAGAAUUCCGACAGUGUCUGGAAAAGGAGCAGAGUGCGUUGCGUUCAAACGCUCCUGCUGCGCACACCGUACUCGCAGGCGCCUGCCCCGUUAUAGUGCUGAUGUGUGCAUUGUUAGCGUCCAGUUGUCGGCAAGCUAGUAUGCUGCUGCCGAAACUCAUUGCAUGCAUGAAAGUGCAGCAGCAACAGCAACAGCAAUUGCAACGCUUGACUCCUUUUGGUGAAAGAAAAAAGCAACAAAUUGAAUUCGUAGCAAUGGUGAUGGGGCGAGCUAUGGUAAAAAGAAGUGAAGUUGCAAUACAGGCAACAUUAUUAAAUACGAAAACGACAAUUUUUACUUUGCUGCUAGGAAUAUUGUUGAUGCUGCAAUACACGUUUGAGUACAGUUACUGUGGCAAGAAUAAAUGCCUGCCUGCUAUACUUGCAUGUAUGGGCCAACCUCCAGCUGAUGAUCAACUGAGCGCAGAAAUGGAAAAUUUUUACAUGCAACGGGCAACGGUGCAGCAAAGCACUGGUUAUAUCCUUUUGUGCGAAAGCAAUGAAAAGGUGUUAUUGCAGCAGUCAGGUGCACUCCGUUGCUUGAAUUCGUGCUACAAAAGCUGUCAUAUUAUCGCUAUGGCGGCGUUUGGCCACGACGACCAAACCAACACCUCCGACAACAGCGCUGUACAGCUUCACCUGCGGUAUGGCAUGGCGCAUGGAAACCCUGCUGGCAAUAACAAAACACGUCUUGCAGCAAGUCCAUUUUCUACCAUGCAGCAGCAAUUGCAUCAAAACAACAACGUAUAUGGGUCCUUGAAAUGCCAGCUGCAAAUUAUUUGUAUAUUUUGUUGCACAAUAAAUUGCCUGCGGCUCAAAAGUAGCCCGUAUCUUGGACCACCAGGCGUUCAACGCAACAAUAAUACCACCAACGUUGACUACGAUUUAUGCACACCCGCCGAUUUACUUGGCCCUAACUCCUCCUACUGCAAUUCCUUCAAACAUGAACAAAUGCAUAGCCGAUUAAGCCUAAACUUCGCUACGCAUUAGUAUGAAAACCCGUUAUCGCUUUAUGGUCUAGCUGUUUAUAAUUAUAAUGCUUAAUCGUAUGCUUAUUACUACAGUAAAUUAUACAUAAAGGCAUGUGCGAGAAUUA